AUGGGCGUGCUUGGAUUAACGCGAUGGACGAAUGAUGUUGAACGGAUCAUUUCAAGCGAAUUUACGAUCCCCGUCCCCAAGGGUUCAGGAAGUGUGCUGGAGAAUUCGGAGCCGAUUGAGCUGAAUCCCGAUGGCGAUUGGCUUGUGAUUGAUGCUUGGGCUUGGAUCCAUUACGUAUGGCACUCCAUGAACACGAAUGUGUACCAGGGUGGCUCGUUCUUGCACUUCCGUGUUGUGCUCAAGGCGUGGAUCGAUACACUACGCGAAGCUGGAUUCAAGGUUCUUGUGGUAUUUGAUGGACCGCGUCUGCAUCAAAAGAUCGGCGCGCUGCUAACACGCACAGAGAACUAUGUGCGGCUCAAUGCCAAGCUCAUGCGCGCUGGUCGCAACCUCCGCGGUGACCAUGAGUUCAUGCAUGCGCGUAUGCUUCCGCGUGGUCUAACUGAAUUUGUUUGCAGUCUGCUGCGCUCGUACGAUGUUGAGGUCAUUAUGGGUGCUGAAGAAGUGGAUGGUGUGGUGGCCCAGUUGGCUGAUGAGCGCGCCGGAUAUGUAUUGAGCCGUGACUCGGACUUUUUGAUUCUGUGCUCGAACGCGCCUCGGUGCAAGGGCUACAUUCCUUUGAACACGUUUGAGUUUGUGGCCAUGGAGACGGCCGCGCCCCAGCCGGAGGCGCCUCCCGCUGAUGACGAUGGCUUUACGGCGGUGAGCACGGUCAAGCGGAACAAGAAGGCCGCUCAGCAGGCGAGGAAUGCACACCUGCCUCAUACGAAGAACACGCCUGUGCUACCGUCAGACUCAGAGACGUUGCGCCAGACGGCUCUCAAGUUCCGUUGCUUUUCGUCGUACAAGUGCGCCGAGCAGCUCAAGCUGCCCAUGUCACUGCUGCCUGUGUUUGCUGCCUUGGUCGGCACGGAGAAUCGCGCGCAGGUUCAUGCUGAGCUCUUUGGUGGCUUGCUGCACGGCGUGUCGAAUCGCAUGAAUGUCAUUGCCACACACCUAGCUGAGCAGUAUGCGGCCGUGAAGGAGGGGAAUGCCCCACCGUUGGCCGUUGAUGAGGAGUCAGAGCAUGAAGAGCGCCUAGAUCUCUCGGAUCCUGUGACGCGCCUCUUGGCACAGACGUUUGACAGCCUUGUCCAGUACGGCCGCCAGCGCCGUGGUGCGCCUCUGCCCGUGUCGUGGGACAUGCGCACCGAGAUUGUCCAGUCGAUGCAUGCGACGGCGCUGUCGUACAUGCCUGACCGGGGAUGCGAGGCCAUGGACCGUUUCAUGGCUCCGACCGACAACGAGUCGCUGAAAAAGUACCAGGCAGCGUACUGGGACGGCCACUUUGACCAGGCUAUGAUUUCCACCAUGCUCGAGCGCAUUUACAUUGCGCGCGUGUACCUCGAAGAGCCCGAUGAGCCUGCGUCGCAGCGAGUCGUGGUUCGUCAGAUGCGCCAGUUCGUGUGGUCGAUCCUGUUUACGGCCUGGUUCGCUGCGCACCCUGAAGAAAAGGCUCGCAUUGAAGAGGCGCUGGCCAAGCUGCGCGUCGAGGAAGAGGCGGCGCAGCAGGAGGAGAUGCCGGAUGACGAAGAGAACGUCGAGGCUGACCAUGACGAGGAGCAGGACGACGAGGACGAAGCAGAGGAGGAGCCCGAGCCUGAGCCAGAAGAAACUGGUCCCGAGCCGCUCACGACCGUCACAGAGUACACGCGCACCGAGUAUGCUCUGCGCAAGGACGAGGUGCCCGUGCACCCUCUGGCCGUGCACCUGAAGAGCAUGGAGCGUAUCAUGCCGAUCCCCGAGUCGAUCACUCCGAUCGUCGAGAAGUAUGGCGAGGCGAUGGAGGCGCAUGCCGCCGACGAGUCCAAGCCCGUGCCGACGCCUGUGUUUGCUGCUGAGCUGCCCGAGGCCGAGCGUCUCGACCUGUGGCGCUACAUUCACUGCUCAUGCAUACCAGAGCUCGAGCAGCUGCCAGUGGAUGUUCGCUCCUUUGCCGCCGGUCUGCGGUACACCAUCGUGAUGAACCAUGAGCGUUUGGGCUCGAUGCGCACGCGUCACAACUGGUCGCAGUCAGAAAUUGAGGCUGCCGUGCACUCCGCGUGCAUUUCGCGCCGUGUUAGCAAGGAGGCCUCUGAAAUGGAGAUGCAGGCGAUUGUGAAUGCAUACCCGAAGGGCUCGCCCUCGAACCGUGCUAUUACGCUGAGCACGACACUCGGCUUUGUGUUGCAGAUGAGCGCAUUGCUGACGCAGUCGCUGGCCUUGUCGGAGCAGAUUCCCAACGCGCGUCCGCUGUGGGAGCCACCUCUGUUCCACGUGUGCCUUGGCUCGUCGAUGGACGCCAAUGCUCCGAAGCCGCAGCCGAACGAGGCGUGGACGCGCUUCGACGACCCAGAGUUGUACGACACGCUCUUGGCUGUGGUGACGCACGGCCUCGAAAAGCGCAUCGGCCGUACCCGCACGGCUCCGGUGCAGCAGCCUGCGAAAAAAUCAGGCGGCCAGCGCCAGCGCCGCCACCUCGCCCUGCUGGAGGAAACGAUGCUGUAA